AUGCAGUCGGCACGGUUCAUCCGAAUAUCCUCCUUCAAGAAUCUCCUGACGCACUCGCGUUUCACGCUCACUCUACGAUCCGACACCGGCAAAUACCACUCGUUGAUCCUCUUUCGCCUGUCCGUUGAGACAGAAAAAACUUCCUCUGAGAGGCUGGAGAAGAACAAUGCUGGGCAAAACCGCCAGAUAUAUGUUAUGGAAUCUAGCUGCCCACAUCUUGGCGCUGAUAUGUCGCAUGCCGACAUCGAAGAGUACGAAGACACUGGAGCGACGGUCGCUGUUUGUCCUUGGCACAGAUAUGACUUCGAUCUGCGCACUGGGAAGAGCGAAACAGGGCUAAGAACAUGCACCUACGCAGUUGAAGUGAAAACAGAUCCCGAAGACGACGUAGAAAUGGUCUACGUAGAGACUCCCUCGGGUGGGAAUAAUUGGAGGCUCGUAGAUAUCAGACCAGUUUCUGAAGAAUUCGCCGAUCCGCCGCCAACUACCUCACUACCUGUGUCCCAGGUCAAUCCCGUAACAAUAAGCAUAUCGGAGUCGCUGGAGCCGGUUGUGCCCGAUCUCAACCCGCCACGGACACUAAUGCAAUGGGCGGUACUCAUCCUCAAUACGGCUAAUCCAACGCUCAAGGUACUGCGAACGCGUCACGCCGUUCAUAUGUUCCGGACAGGGAAACUUGACUCCAUCGGUCACAAAUCGGCUUCAGCGCCAAAGCCCCCAGAUGUUCCGCCUCGGGAAGACAGUUACCUGCGAAAUACCGUCAAUCCAGGGAAAGUCAAAGGACGAAGGAGUCUCGCUGUCAUGUUGCAUGCACUGGCCAAUAUCGAGCAAUGGGCAAUCGAUCUGUCUUGGGACAUCAUAGCCCGUUUUGGCCCCUCCCACCCGGAUCUCCCACAUGCAUUUUUUUCGGAUUUCACCAAAAUGGCAUUGGACGAGUCAAAGCAUUUUUCCCUUCUCACGUCUAGGCUUUCCGCUACCUCGCCCACGACACCAUACGGAACCAUGCCAGUUCAUGCAUCCCUCUGGGAAUCCGCAACCAUAACCUCCCACUCCUUACGCUCUCGUCUCGCGAUCAUCCAUUUAGUACACGAGGCUAGAGGACUCGAUGUCAACCCAGGUACAAUAGAACGGUUCCGUCGUGCUGGAGACAAGGACAGUGUAGCCGCGCUCGAGAUCAUCCACGCCGACGAGGUCACCCAUGUUACAUCGGGCCACCGGUGGUUUACGUGGUUAUGCGAGCGAGAGCAAGGGGUCGAUCCGAUAACGACGUUUCGGGAGGAGGUCAGACGGGGCUGGAGGGGGAAUGUUAAGGGUCCAUUUAAUAUUGAGGCGAGAGAGCAGGCUGGGCUAACAAGGGAAUUUUAUGAGGACUUGGAAGGGGAGAUGGAGGAUGAGGAGAUGGUUCAAAGGCUGGGUGGAUUCAGGCUGAAUGAUUUAGGUGGCAUGAAGGCCCAAGUGGAGGUCCAGUAUGACAGAGGGAUUAAUCAUCAGCGCAUUUGGUCAAACUCUGUUGACUUUUACCCUGUUAAAGCGAACUACGGCUCAAUUCCCUGCCACGAUCAUUUUCUGACCAUGGCCGACCCCGUUGCGGAAAAAUCCGGCUUCCUCAAGACGUAUAUGUCGAGCCACCCCGACACGCUCGUCGCGUACGCCAAGUGGUACGGGAAGGUUACAGAGAACUUGACGAGUGCAGAGAUGUCUGCCAUUGACACCAAGAGCAUGACUCUCACUUGCACACUCAAAGACGGCUCCAAGAAGGUUGCAGUCGUCGCGAUUGACCCACCACUUCGCAAUUACGACGACGUCAAGCCGCGUUUGCUCGAAAUGAAGGCGAUAGCCCAAGAGGGUCUCGGAAUGAUAAAAACUCCUCGCAUCACUGUGUUCAAAUGGCCGUCCUGGGGAAUCCCUUUCGGCAUUUGGCUCUACACUUUCCUGCCCUACGGAGCAUUCGCACCUGUUGGCGACGCGCCAUACCUCAUCCCUGCCCAGUUCAUCCGGCAGUUCAUCUCCCCAUUGCCAUUCAAAAUCGCCUUCGGAUUCACGGUCGGACUGCACUUCUUGGAGAGUCUCUAUACUCUCUAUUUGUGCCAGAAACACAGGGCUGGAUAUGAGGUUAUGAUUGCUUAUUGGCUCAGCACGAUGAUCUUUGGAAUGCCGGUUUGGAAGGGUUUGCGGAGACGCAUCCAGAAGGCCCGUAUUGAGUCUGUAAUGAAGAUUGAAUAG